AUGUCCGCGGGCGUCUCGACAGCCUCGAGCGCGACAGAGGUCGAUCGCGACCACGACGUCGGCGCAGAGACGGACCCGCCGCAGGUGUCGGCUCUCUUCCUCAUUCGCUUCGAUAAGAGGGUCGGCUACACUGUCGCUUGGAAACGCUCGAAUGCCUCCGUUACGCUUGACGGCGCCGUCGAAUACAAAUCACUCCCUUCCGGACUCCACACGCUUACAUCCGACCUCGUAUAUUUCGUGCACGAGGGGUAUGCAGGACUGAGCGCUUUUGCGAAGGGAGAGGCAGGCGCUGAGGAGCGGAACGCACAGUUCGUCAGCGUCGGCAUACUGGUUAGUCGGGCAUAUGGGCGCCUAGGACGCAGUUGGUUGCUUGCGAGCAAGCUGAAGCAACUGGCAGAGACAUUGUCAGAGGAUGUAGAAAGAACAGCACCAUUGGAGGAGUUUUGGGAACAACAGAGCAGUGGUGGGGAGGGAGGAGGCACCGCGGGGCCGUCGAAGAGCGAGGAACCUGCUACAAACGGUAAGAGUGGUAGGAAGAGGGCAUUGAGCACCCUCACGUCGGUGGUACCGAGUGAGAAGGGAGGACUCGUGGCUGAUCAUCCUGCGUUGUCGAUGUUGAAAUAUGUGGCAGAUUUAGGGCCUUUGGUGUUCAGGCUGCAGCAGGCCGCGCUUUUAAGGAAGAGGAUUCUGUUCAUCGGGCCUCCGCCUGUGCGGACGUGUUGCGAAUUUGUGUACAAUUUGUCGGUAUUAUCGAGUAUACCACCACAUGCAGCCGAUCUGGUCUCGCCAGGCACAGAAGCGCUCCUUCGUCUACCCGCCCUAUUUUCGAUUGGUGUGCACGAUAUCCCCGAGCUAGAACAACUACAGGCACAGAAGGCACAUGGUGCGCCAGAGAUUGGAGAGGAUUUACCAAGUCAAGGAUGGGUGGCUUGCACAACGGACGAGAUCAUUACGACGAAGAAGAAGCUCUUCGACAUCGUGGUGAAAAUGCCAGCAACAUACGACGCGCCUCCGCAGAAGAAGGUCUGGCCCAUCAUGAAGACGUCAGAUGGCACACAGAUCAAAGCAAGUCAGCGGGAUUUACGGCGGUGGAAGAUGUUGCAGCUAGAACUCAGGAAACACAGACGCGGACGCUACGAGGAUGAGGACGAGGAUGACGGCGGCGACGACGACAACGAGGCGUUGCUAAGACCAAAAGCCAGUUGUGACGCGGAGGAUGAUCUGAGUGUCGAUGACAGCAUCAUCGAACCCACAACAUGGCCACAAGUUGCCUACAGUGGCUUCAUGUGGUGGGCGUCGGCUGGCGAGCAACCGGCAUACACAACAACGGAACGAGACCGUGACCGUGACCUCCUCGGGGAUUUAUCAGACUACGCAGACGCCUUACCCACCGCGAUCAUCGCAUACUUUCACCGCUCGACGACGCAACUAAUACAGAACCUGAAUAGCAUAAUCGAAAGAUCGGAUGACGAGGAGACGGAGGAAGACGACGGAACACUGUUGUUGGACAAGGGGGACGUAUCCCGCAUGGGCCUCGACACAUGGAGCGAAGCCGACAGGGCGUUCCUGAGCGAAUUCAGCUGGCUGUGGUACGGUCGGAUGGUCGACCUUUCCUACCGCAGGCAUCGUGACUGCUGUGGUGUCAGGAUGCCCGUUUUCUAG